AUAAUUAUUACUCAAACGUUGUCUGUUAAACAAACACAAACAGUGGAUAGGCAUAAUAAAUUAUAUUAUUAAAUUCUGCAUCGUCUAAUAUUACUAUUACUACAGCAAUGUAUUUCUUUAAGAAUUUUACUGUACUAGUGGCUAUUACUUUAUAUAAUGUGCGUUGUGAUGGAGUCACAGAUGUUGUAAAUGAGAGUACCACGCCUCUACCAGACCUAAAUGAAACGAACUCUAUCGAGACAAGUACAAGCAGCGAAAUUGAGACGGUUAAAGUGGAGGUGUACUAUGAGAGUCUCUGCCCAUAUUGCGAAAGAUUUUUUGUCAACAAACUAGAGCCAGUAGUGCAGUCAAUGCAUCAAUAUCUAGACAUCAAGCUAUAUCCUUUUGGAAAUGCUGACAUCAUAGAAGAAGAUGACCAUUACAGGUUCAGAUGCCAGCACGGGAAACUUGAAUGUUACGGGAACAAACUCCACGCGUGCGCCAUAGACAUACUAAAAAACGUCACAAAAUCAACACUCUUUAACUGUUGUCUCUUUGAAUUUUUUUCAGACGAUGAAAGUGUUGACGAGUGUGCUACAAGGAUGAAACUGAAUGGUGAUCCAAUAAAAGAAUGCGCCAAGGGUAGCAAAGGAAAUGAGCUCUUAAAAUAUUAUGGCGACGAAACUAACAAAAUAUAUUUUCGAGGUGUUCCACACAUUCGCCUUAAUGGCAUACCAUAUAGGAAUUCUUCUAAGAAAAUAUUUAAAGACUAUGUCUGCGCGGCUUUUAAAAACCCACCGCCACCGUGUAAUACUGUAAGCACUACUAGUGCUUCUACAGAUGAAUAAUUUAAAUCGGUGGCGAUAGUCCUGACAAUUACAAAUAAAUUAACAAUCGUAAACUUCUAUAGACACUAUUAGAUCAUAAUAUUGACAGUUAAAUCGCAUCGGUUCAUACAGAUCCCUGUACGAUGUGUAAUUUACAUAUAUCAAGAUUUGCUCUUCAGUGUAUCGAUCAUCUUCUGUACUCAUUAUAUUGAGUUUUAACAUUAAUAUAUUUUUAUAAAAUUAUUUAAAACUAAGAUAUACAUAGCGUGAUUUCUGCAUGCAGCCAACGACAGCCGAGGGGCGAGUGGAAGGAUUGCCAAGAUGGAGGUUGUGGAUCCUUAUCCCAUCUUCUUGAUUUCCAUUUAAAAUGGGAUAGUAGAGAUAACUUAUAUAUUCAUUUAUAAUUAAAUUAAUACGUGAAAAAUAACUUUUUACCCCUUUUUGAGUACAUUGCGCGCUCCGAUGAAUGUAAGAUUUGGCAAAAUUAAAGUUCAUAAAAAGA